AUGUCUCGCAUACCAAAGGGUGACGAGAUCAACCGGAGAACCGACGCCCGGCUGGCGGCCUUGAUGUCGGCACUCAGUCAGCCCGGCGACGCCAAUCAACGUGGACCAAGUUCUUCAUCACCACCACCACCACCGCCACCACCCACCGCGCUGUCUCUGUCUCCUCACCAGCAGUCCUCACUGGGCCCGCUACAACAGGUGGCCUUCAGCGAUGCCGAUCAACGUGGAUAUGACCAGUACCCAGACACGACAUUCCUACGCCACACUGAUUACACCCAUGACGAGAGCCACCCAUACACACAAGGCCAUCGCGCACAGCCUCAGCAACCAUACAGCCAGUGGUAUUCGCAGCAUCUCGCAACUCCUCAUUCACAGCUCUUCGCAACUCCACCUUCUCGGCCGAACCCUUUUCAACCACCAGCCCAAGAAGUAGUCGGUCGCGACUACAGUGCCGGCCAGACAAUGGAUCAGCGCCGAACUGCUCUCCAAUACAGACAGGCUGAGGAAGGAUCAGUGCCUCGAUAUCAGAGGCCGGAUCCUUUCCUUGAUCAGCAGUCACCAUCGUCUCCUCCACAGCUUCCAAAGUCUAGCGAGAUGCCUGAGCGUGAAGAGACACCUCGUCGACCGCGCAGAUAUAGGCUUCUCCAUGACCCGUCUUCGAUUGGGGAAUCUCGCCAGCAACAUGUCCUCGAACACCACUUGCCGACACGAGGAGUGGAACAGCAGCACGGACCACACGUUGGAGAAUGUGGCCUGUCUUCGAUUGGGGAAUCUCGCCGGCAACAUGUUCUGGAACACCACUUGCCGACAUGGGGAGUGGAACAGCAGCAUGUCCCACAAGUUGGAGAAAGCCCACCUUCGGAGCCAGCAUAUUCUCCAAAGCCUCAGCGACCUGGCCCUGUGUCCAAAGGCGAGAAGACUCCUCGUCGACCGGAUGCAGGGCGAGCACGCCAUGCUCUGCAAAGCCUCACAUCACUGCACACCGACCAGCCACGUCGAUCCUCGGUCCCAAGAACUGGAAUGACCACAAACCAAGAGUCCAGCUCCGACGACGAAGAAAACGACCGCAACGGAUCACGGCGUGAACUUGGCCACACAUCUCAGACCCCUCCACUCCAUCCACAGCGCCGCCCUCGACCCGCCUACGACUCCCCAUCUUCACCACCAGACAUGUCCUCCAUAUACCGUGACUCUGCAACUCGACUUCAAGGAAUCUCGGACGCCGCGUACAACAUUCGCGACAAUCCUCCCAGCGCCGGCCGAUGCUCCGAUUCUGGGCCAGGCCUGGAAGCAGGAGCUCACGAAACGGGCAUUUAUGGAAUGAAGGAGCAUAGAUAUUGCGGAAUGAAAAUGGUGUUGAAGGAUGAGCAUUGGGCAGUGGGCACCAUGUUGGAGAAGAGGUCAAAGUCGGCGUCGUUGAAGAAUGACUUCGGAUGUAUCACGCCACUUCACGAAGAGAAAGAACGAUGGGAUCGAAUGGCAAUGCUCAUAGAAGCUGGAGGAAAGACGCGCACAUUUUCGUCGCGAUCAUCGAAAUCCGCGAUUCAUUUCCCACAUGCUUCAAAACUCAUUGAAAAAAAAUUAUUCAUUCCCAGGCCACCGCCAUCUGUCCCAAACCGCUCUGCAAGCCGAUGGACUGGAACGGAGAGAUAUCGACAGCUGAUCCCUUUCGCUAGGCACGAGACUGUUAUCACUGUAUCUACUACCAGCCAGCUUAUUCUAUGUAUCCAAGAAUACGACGACGACUUCCGACCUCACGCGAGUAUCGGCCGGAAAAUAUGCUUACAAGCCCUUCCAAUUGCAGAAUCGACAGAAUCAGCGGGUCAAAUUCAUUCUGGAAGCCCUCGACGUCAUCACGAUGCAUUGACUUCUCAUGCUGCUGAACAUAACAUGAGAGGCACUGAAAACGAGAAGCUGAGACGACUAAUGAUUUCUCGCGCAGGACCAAGAUUCUGUGCAUAUCGGUGUUCGCUGAACCUUCCUUCUGCGAGUCCCCAUGAACUUCCACCGCUUCACAUUGUGUCCCUGGGUGACCGCAUGCCAAAUAAAUGUAUAUCACUUUUUCACUCCCCAUCCCACUCCAUCCCUCCCUCCCUCCCUUCCCUUCCUCUCAAACAACAAAAAAAAACACUCCUCCUCCCCUCCCGUACUUUCUUCAACAACCUCCCCCAAACAAAACACUCCUCCCCCUUCCACUUCACCAAUAUCUCCUCUAAACCCUCUCCCAAUCGCCUCACAUCCAAAACCCCCAACCCAAGCCGCAACAUCCCCCCUCAACAAACUCUCCUCCCUCCCAAAAUCGCAUCAAAAAAAACCUGCAUCAUCUUCCUCGGUAGCUGUUUCGUUUCCAGAGAAGCAGCCCAACCCGGAUUCUGUUGCAAGACCAAGCGUCGAGAUAGUAGUGAGGUAUCCCGCCCAGAUUUGGAGAGCGAGACGGCAGAGAAGAAGAAGAAGAAGGAGAGGUUGGUAAUGAUUGUCGGUAUGGGUAUUGAUGGCGGGACAGUCGGAUCCGAGGGUUUGGAUUAUGUCGGAGAGGAUGAUUUCGGUGAGGGUGUUAGUGAUGGCGAGGGUGGCUUUGGUCCUGACGACGAGGCGUGCUUCGACGUGGAUGAGGAAGGCGAGGGUUUUGGUGUGAAGGAUGGGGUUUUCUCUGUAGUUGAUGUGUCGGGAGUCGGGGUCGACUGCAUAGGUAAUGUUUUCGAGGACGUUGUAGAGCUGAGAGAGGGCUGUGUCGAUGUGUAUUUGCAGACUCGGAAUCUGAUUGCCAGGCUCCGAGCAGGAGGAGGUAUAGAUCCAGAGGCACAUCUUGGACUUCCAUCUGCUCGCAUAGUCAGUACAGAUCGAUUAUGCGGCGAGUGGGAUGGCGUACACGCUGCUCUUGCUUUUCCACUGAUGUAUCAGACUCGCGGUACGGUCUUGCUCGAACGGAGCACAUCGAUCAUACCACUCGAUGACUGGGGAGUGGCGAGCCCAACCAACCUGGACUUCAGAAUCUCGGUUCUACUUGUCUGCAUGGCGUACGAGACGACCCCAUCCUGCAUUUGCUACAGUGGCAUGGACCAGUUGUUGGAGAAGAUCCAGAUGACAUUCACACCUGAUUCAGCUCCUCCGGCUAGGCUGUCAAAGUUUGGAUUUCUGGAACACUACAUGACCCAUCAAACCAUCCACUUUCAUCGUCUGUGCGCACCCUUUGACAUGGCAUGGCGGCGCCAGAGGCCAGUCUACGCGUGGUCUGAGAACCAUGAAGAGGCCAAGAAGGAAGAGAAGAAAUGGCACGAGCCAGGAUCGCGGUGCACCAUCAUCAGGCCGCCGGCGACGACGUCCCGAGCGGGAUAA